GAGCGGCUCGUCCUUUUCCGGUGCGGCGUGCCACUGGUGCCAGGGUAAUAUUCUUCGUCUUUCAUUCUCGUCGCAAUACACUAGUUUCAGCAUCUGUCGAAGGGCUAGUUGGCUUUCCAACGUGACGGGCUAUGCGUGCCGUUCAAGCGGUGUCGUUAUCCCGGCGCUACAACACGUCGGUCGAUCCGAAAUUUUCAUUUGAACGCGGUUGAGUCGCGUAGACGCGCCCGUUACACGAUGGAAAAGCUAUCUGGCCGCUUCGCCCUUGUCAGUUUCUCAUAUAUCGCUACUACUCGGUUUUGCAUGGCGACGUCGUUCUUAGCGUUCUGAAGUACUACGCAUUCCGAUCGAUCACGUCGUCGUGAUGGUUGUGUGUUGUUACUUCGCGUAAGCGAAAUGUGUGUUAAACACGAGUUCCUGAGAGCGAGAGAGCCCCCGAAAACGUUUAAUUAUGUCCUACGGUAUGUAUCAGCCGUUCACGUUUACAUACGUCACGAGGCAGCGUCACGUUCCGAUCGAAAGCUUUCCUUGUUUCCGACGCUGAAACCACGACGAAAAAAAAAAAUCAAUAUCGCGUGACUCCGACCGGAAUCCGUAUUCCAGCCCGACGAUACUACCGUUGAUAUAUAGCUCCGAUUGGACGUAUAUAGCGCAUUUUCUCAUGCUCGAAGCUACUUCCUUUUGCUUUGUUCAUCUCACUUUCUCUCGGCCGUGCGUGAAAGUUCUCGAAAAAGAAAAAAAGGGGGAGGGGAGAAAACGAGAUUUUACAAGGUCAUGAAAUUUUCUCGAACGGUCGCUCACGCCAUUUUCUACGGCUUUGCCGUAAUGCGCACAAAAGACAACAUUCGUUCGAAAAUGCGCCGCGCAUUCUGGGUAAAAUACGACGCCACGACCACUCAAAAUGGCUGUCUAACGAGCGAUUUCCGUUACGCGGCCGUUUCCGACGGACGGCGGUGAGGGAUCGUCGUGCUAGGCCGAAUCGGACUCGCGCGAUCGCUAUUUCACGUGCGAAAAUCGCUCCGCAUGAUUUCCGGACCUCUGAAAAUCCAUUUGUCGUUUUCGUCGCAGAAUUUCACGUCGCGAAAGUAUCUCGCGUGAAGUACGCCUCAAUUCCGGCGUGCGCGCGCACUCGCACAGGAUAGGACGUGGCAUGAGGAAGGGAGGGCGAGAUGGCGCCCGCGUUGCAUGCUGGGACUUGGGCGAGAGGGGGGACGGAGUGCGUACGGGAACGUCGAAGGAGCUAGUCUAUUCACAAAAUGGCGGACGAACUCGGGAUUGCGAGCAUAUAGUGCGUGUGCCUCGAUAGUUUUUCCCGAUGUCGCGUUUUCGUACGCGGGUAAACCUUUGAUACCGCGCAAACACGUACACCUCGGACACCUCUAUCGUUGAAUUGGCGGCACACCGCGGGCGGAAAUCGUGAGAACGAAAGAUAUCGUUGCGACGCGUACAUGAGCACAAUGCAGAAGUCAUUAGAGUCCGAGUCCGGUAAGGAAUCCGGGUCGGAUUCCGAGAAUGAGAGUAAAAGCGAUAGCUCUUCUUCCGGGAGUAAUAGCGGUUCAGCAUCAGGCUCGGAAAGUGACUCUAGCUCUUCGAGCAGUUCCUGUUCCGGGUCAGGCUCUGAUUCAGAAAAGUCAGAGAAGUCGGAUGCACCUGCACACAGUGAUAGCUUCCAGAGCAAAAGCUCAAAUCACAGCACAGAGACAAAGGUUAGGGUUAAACAUGGUCGCGAGUGGGACGAGAAUCCUGACAUAUAUGGCAUCAGGAGGUCCAGGCGUUCAAGGAAAAAGCCGGAAAGGCUCUCCACGAGCCACGGGAGCGACAGUGAUAGUCGCAAGAAACACAAGACUAAGGGUGUGCACACUUCUUGGAAUUCUUCUUCGGAAUCAGAUUCUGACGAGAAUGAUAACGUUAAUAAUAUUCGAAGGCCUCCAACUCUCUGUAAAGCUGUAAACAGUAAAUCUCUAAACAGUAAAUCUCUACACAGUAAAUCUUUAAACAGAACUUCGCUGUUGAGAGUGAAAGAGAAUAUCAAGUUACGAAAGAAGCCUAUUUCUGAAUCUUCGGAAUCUUCCUUUGACAGCGAUGACAAUAGGAGACAAGUCACCAGAAGGACAGGUACAGCUGUCAGUUACAAAGAACAAAGCGAAGAAGGGACCGAUAGCGAAGAUCUGGUUGAAGUUGAAGAAUCUAAUGCUGCAUCUACAGAACCUGACAAUGCGGAAACAAUUGAGCGAAUUUUGGGGCAGAGGAGAGGCAAGAAAGGAGUUACCGGCAACAUAACGACAAUCUAUGCUGUCGAGGACAACGGCGAUCCUAAUCCACAGGAUCUGAGCGAUGUAGAAACUGAAAUACAGUAUUUGAUUAAAUGGAAAGGCUGGGGUCAUAUACACAACACAUGGGAAUCGGAGGAAUCAUUGAAAGCACAAAAGGUCAAAGGAUUGAAGAAAUUGGACAAUUUUAUUAAACGCGAACGAGAUAUCAAGCAAUGGAGAGAAAGCGCUGGUCCAGAGGAUAUAGAUUACUAUGAGUGUCAAUUAGAGCUUCAACAAGAUCUCUUGAAGAGUUACAACAAUGUCGAGCGGAUUAUUGCUGAGUACGAGAAACCAGACUCUGAUUAUCCCGAUUAUUUGUGCAAAUGGGAAAGUCUGCCAUAUAUCGAAGCUACGUGGGAAGAUGGAGCUUUGAUAAUAAAAAAGUGGCCAGAGAAGAUCACAGAGUUUCGUGACAGGGAGGAUUCCAAAAAGACUCCGAGCAAACAUUGUAAAGUCCUCAAAUCUAGACCCAAGUUUCAUCAAUUGAAAGGACAACCAGACUACAUGGGCAAAGGGAAGGAUUUAGUAUUGAGAGAUUAUCAGAUGGACGGACUUAAUUGGAUGAUUCAUUCUUGGUGCAAGGAGAACAGCGUUAUAUUAGCUGAUGAGAUGGGUCUGGGGAAGACGAUCCAAACGAUAUGCUUCCUUUACUAUCUAUUUCACACCCAACAACUUUAUGGGCCAUUCUUACUAGUAGUUCCAUUGUCAACGAUGACUUCCUGGCAAAGAGAGAUGUCUCAGUGGGCACCCGAUAUGAAUUUUGUUACUUACUUGGGUGAUGUCUCUUCCCGUAAUGUUAUCAGAGAACACGAAUGGUGCUACAGUUCGAAGAGGCUAAAGUUUAACGCUAUACUUACCACAUAUGAAAUAGUACUUAAAGACAAAACAUUUCUGGGUGCCUUAAACUGGGCAGUGCUGUUGGUGGAUGAAGCUCAUCGAUUGAAGAAUGACGAUUCUCUUCUGUAUAAAGCACUUGCUGAAUUUAACACCAAUCAUCGUCUGUUGAUUACCGGUACUCCAUUGCAAAACAGCUUGAAGGAAUUAUGGGCCUUAUUGCACUUCAUCAUGCCUAUGAAAUUCAACUCGUGGGAAGAUUUUGAGAAGGAACACGAGAAUGCUGCCCAGAAAGGAUACUCUAAGCUACAUAAACAGCUGGAGCCAUUUAUUUUGCGCCGAGUUAAGAAAGACGUCGAGAAAUCCUUGCCCGCUAAGGUCGAACAAAUCCUACGAGUGGAGAUGACAUCCUUGCAGAAGCAGUAUUACAAGUGGAUACUGACCAAAAAUUACAGCGCGUUGCGAAAAGGCACGAAGGGAUCUACCAUGUCAUUCUUGAACAUUGUCAUCGAAUUGAAGAAGUGUUGCAAUCAUGCCUUUCUUACGAAACCUAAUGAGUCCGAGAAGAGAGAUGGUAACGAGGAUUACUUGCAGCAAGUGAUCCGUGGCUCUGGCAAAUUAGUGCUUCUGGACAAGCUAUUGGUGAGAUUGCGCGAAAAGGGGCACCGGGUUCUGAUAUUCAGCCAAAUGGUCAGAAUGUUGGACAUCAUCGGCGAAUAUCUGCAAAAGAAGCAUUUCCCAUUCCAAAGACUGGACGGAAGCAUAAAAGGCGAAUUGAGGAAGCAGGCGUUGGAUCAUUUCAAUGCGGAAGGCUCGACGGACUUCUGUUUUUUGCUGUCAACGCGCGCCGGUGGUCUCGGUAUCAAUCUCGCCACCGCGGACACCGUCAUCAUCUUUGAUUCAGAUUGGAAUCCUCAAAACGACUUGCAAGCGCAAGCUCGAGCGCAUCGAAUAGGACAAAAGAAUCAGGUUAAUAUUUAUCGGCUAGUUACCAAGAACUCGGUCGAGGAGGAGAUCGUGGAGCGCGCGAAGCAGAAGAUGGUCCUUGACCAUUUAGUGAUACAAAGAAUGGACACAACUGGACGAACAGUGUUGGAUAAGAAAAACGCGGGGACCAAUAGCAAUCCGUUUAGCAAAGAGGAUCUAAAUGCCAUUUUGAAAUUCGGCGCGGAGGACCUGUUUAAAGACGAAGAGGAUGGAGACGAAGAGCCAACCUGUGAUAUCGACGAAAUAUUAAAAAGGGCCGAAACAAGAGAUGAAGGACCAGCGACAGUUGGCGAUGAAUUAUUGUCUGCUUUUAAAGUUGCUAGUUUCGCUGCAUUUGAAGAAGAAUCCGAACCCAUCAAUCAGCCGAAUGAUAACGACGACGAAAGUAAGGAUUGGGCGGUGAUCAUUCCGGAAAACUUCCGCAAGAAAGUAGAGGAGGAGGAGAAAUCCAAAGAAAUGGAGGAUCUUUACCUGCCACCGAGAAGCCGGAAGACCCUUCAGCAAAUCAACGAAAGCGGGAAAAGCAAAAAGCGCAAGAAGCAGGAUGACAGUGAGGAUGGCGACGAGUCUGGUAGCGACGCGGAUGGCAGCGAUGACGAAAGGCCGGCGAAGAAGAGAGGCAGGCCGAGGGUCACACCGCGUGAGAACAUCAAAAGCUUUACCGAUGCUGAGAUACGAAGAUUCGUCAAGAGUUACAAGAAGUUCCCGGCGCCUCUGAAGCGAUUAGACGACAUCGCGGCCGAUGCCGAGUUGCAGGAGAAACCUAUGUCGGAAUUGCGUUUCCUGGGCGAACAACUGAAGUCGAGAUGCGACGCCUGUUUGGCGGAGUUCGAGAAUACCGCGAAAGAAAACAAGGUCGGUGAGGAAGAAGGCAAAGGACCUGGUCGCAAGAGAGGACGCGGUCCCACCUUUAAAAUGGGCGGUGUCAUGGUAAACGCGAAGUCAUUCUCAGCCGCAGUUAAAGAACUCGAGCCCCUGGAACAAGCUCUGCCAGCUGAUCCUGAGCAGCGUGCCAAUUGGUACAUUGAUUUCAAGCUGAAACCGGCGAAUUUCGACUGCGAGUGGACUUGCGAGGACGAUUCUCGACUGCUGAGGGGCAUAUUUCAACAUGGCAUGGGUUCGUGGGAAGCAAUCAAAAUGGACACCAGCCUGAAACUCGGAGAUAAGAUUCUUUUUAACGGCAGUAAAGUACAGUUGAAGCGCAUCAACACGCGCGCGGAAUACCUGCUGAAAGUUUUGAAGAAGCAAAUCGACGUCAAGUUAGGAGUGACACGAGCGAGGAAGCCGAGGAAGCCCAAAGAGAUGAAAAUAAUGACCAAAGAGAUCGUGGAAGACAAUGACUCUUCUGGUGACGAGAAUAAAAAACCGAAACCCAAAGUUGACAAGCCGACAGUCAGGAAAGAGGACGAGGUUGUCGCCUCAAAGAAAGAGACCGAAAAAGAUGCCGAUGAUUUGUCCGAGGAAAAGAAGAAAGACAAGAAGAUUAAGAAGGACAAGAAAGAGAACAAGAAGACAAAGAAGAAUAAACAACCAGCAGGUCCAAUGCAUUUUACGGCGAAUAACGAACCAAGGGCUCUCGAUGUACUUGGAGAUUUGGAUCCUUCGAUAUUCAAUGAGUGUAAGGAGAAAAUGAGGCCAGUAAAGAAAGCAUUGAAGGCCUUGGACAGACCGGACGAGUCCUUGAGUCCGCAGGACCAAGUCGCUCAUACGCGCCAUUGUCUCUUGCAAAUCGGGAAUCAGAUCAACACGUGUCUCGCGGAAUACCGAGAUCCUGAGCAGAUCAAAGAGUGGCGAAGUAAUCUCUGGUACUUCGUUUCCAAGUUCACCGAGUUCGACGCGAAGAAGCUUUACAAGCUGUACAAGCACGCGAUGAAGAAGAACACCGACAGCAACGGCGGUGUCUCUUCCAGCCCCGACAAAAAGGAGGAUUCCAAUGUCCCUAAGAAACACAAUGAGAAGCCUCACGACAAACAUAUCGAGAAACAGCAGGCGGACGUUGGUAGUAAAGAUAGAAUAGGCAAACGUAAGAUCGACGAUGUCGAGGAGAAUUCGAAUAGCAGUACCUUAAGUAAGAAACAUCUCUCGGCUAUUUCUGCUGUCGGUAAUAUCAGCAAUACGUCCGCGGUUACUAUCGGUGCUAUUACGAUUACUCCUAUCACGUCGACGCCGAAUUCCACAUCGGGCACGACCAAUAGCGCAGAAACGUCGAGACAUAAGGAUCAAAAAGAGUCGAAGCACAAAGACAUGAAGAGGGACCGAGAACGAGAUAGAGAACGGGAUAGAGGACACAAUGACAGAAGUAUAGAUAGGAUAAGGGGCGGUAAAGACGACAGAAUUGGAAGGGAUAGCGGAGGGUAUGGCAUUGGACAUUACAGCGGCAGUAGGGAGGACGAUCACUGGCUGUCGAGAGACGGAAGAGACAUGAGAGAUAACAGAUUCGGCGAUCACAAGCGCGAUCGCUUCGACUCAUACGGGCGAAUGUCCGGCGGUUAUCACCGAGACCGAGACAGGGAACGAGAUCGCAGUAUGCACAUGAACGACAAGAGGAAGUACGUUUACAAUAAUGCAUACACCGACGAUUGGCCUUACGCUGAACGAUUCGUCUCACGAGAGGAUUCCUUCAGUGAUUAUUACAGGUAUCCGUCGGGACCACCGAGUUACGGAUACGGUCCUGGUGGUUACGGUGGUGGCAGUGGCGGUGGUUAUCCUGCCGCGGACAUCGCCUCGAGUCACUUCAGGGGACGUGGCUACCCGAGUGACAGUUAUUCCGGCGAUUGGCGGCAGAACAAAGAUUACAGAAGAGACUACGACAGGAGACCACCACCGCCGAACGCCAACUCCUAGUGCUCCUUCCUCGCCUCCAUUAUCUCGGACGAGUACCGCAAGGCAAUUGUGAUACCGCCACACUCUUGUACAUAGUCUUCUACGUAUGAAUGCGAGUCGUGAGAUGCACCGAAUUGUUGAAGUGGUGUUUUUUUUUCCUGCGUGAUUGUUGCACCGCUUGUAUUUAUAUGUAAAGAAAGAAAUCAAUUCCAAUCCAAAUUUAUUCACAUUUACAUUUAUUAAUAAAUUAAUCAUAUACAAAGCUCUCAGAUCAUUUCGUACAUUAAUAUGUACGAAUAAAGUCACGACGACGAUAGCGUGAAUCGCGAGAAGUCGGUGAGAUAAAGAGAGAGUUUCCGUGGAAAAUUACACGGACGACAACUAAAUUACGCAUAAGGGAACAGGCUCUUCGUGUUCUUAGCUCGCAUUGAAGGGACGAUCUAAAAUUGGUUAUAGAAAAUUGCCGAUCCGCUUGAUCUGGGAUCCAAUCGUGUGUAUAUAUCAGAGAAGUGCACAAAAUUCCGUGAACUGAACCAUUUUUAUCGUCAGAAGUUGGUUUCAUUUAUCCGAAUUAAAUUUGAUGAAUGCAAUUAUAUAAUGAAAUUAAUUUAACAAAUAUGUUCGAGCUAAAUUUUGUGCGUACGCCUGUGUAUUUUAUAUCACUGCGUAUAUCAAUUUUUUUUUUUACUAUACCCAUUACGUGAUUAAUAUAUUUGUUAAGUAACAUCUUCCGAAAUCAUACAUAUUUUGCAUUUUCGAUAUAUAAUUAUAUACAGAGAUGUAUGUGUUUAGUUCAGAUACAUAACUAGUUUAGACGCAUAAAUCUCCUCGAACUCCGAACAUAAUACCUUGACUCCAUAAUAUGCAAGUCUGAUGAUGGCAAAUUGUCUGAUUUUGUUAUUAACAUAAUUCAAAGUCCGACCGGUUUGCAAUAGAUACAACAAAUGGACAGGUUUCAUUAUAGGACGAUGUCUGUAAAAUUGUACAAACUGUAUUAACGAAUAUACACUCGUAUUAAAUUUUCUAUAAAGAUA